GAGAACAUAAUGAAAUGAAUAGAGCAUUCGCAUCUGGUAGAAUUUAAUGAGAACGAUGACCUCUGCUCACAGCUGUCCGGUCCACUGCACAACCGACCCCGGCACAGGGGGAGAAGAAUCAGAGACCCCUCUUUUAGCGUGACCGCUUCUCACGGCCAUCAGAGUUCGGCCACAGAUUUAAAUUACGGACGUUUAAAAGAGGACUGCAGCUCGCGAAGCUGGAUUGUUGAAUACGAUUGUAUUCAUAAUUGCACUUGAUGCGCACGCCUUCAACCAAGUGUGGGUCUCCAGAUUAGUCGGUAAGGGAUUCGUGCAGCCGUAGCCGGUCGCUGCUGUCGUCAUAAUACCGCCCCAUCAUUCCCUCUUACGGGCUCUCUCAUUUCAUCUGGCGUGAUGCGAUCCCAGCGUUCCAGUGUGACCGGGAGGAAGGAGCGGAUGAAUGCGGUUUUUCUUUGCUGAAGGACCGUGGUUAACAAUAGAGAGUUUAACCAUCGGUGAUUGUUGUCGCGAGAGGCGGGAUAGCGGUUGUGCGGGACGCCCGACCCAGAUGCUUAGCCCUGGCAUAAUGGAAGAGUUCGUCACCGAAGAAGAGGAACCAUGGUACGACCAGCGAGAUCUGGAACAGGACCUGCACUUGGCGGCGGAGCUGGGGAAGACCCUGCUGGAGCAGAACAGGGAGCUGGAAGACUCGCUGCAGCAGAUGUACAUGACCAGCGAGGAGCAAGUGCAGGAGAUAGAGUACCUGUCCAAGCAGCUGGAGACGCUGCGGGCCAUGAACGAGCAGCACGCCAAGGUGUACGAGCAGCUGGACUUGACGGCGCAUGAGCUAGAGCUGACCAAUCAGAGCCUAGAGCAGGAGAGCAAGGCCUCCCAGGAGAAGAUCGAAAGGCUGACGGGGACCAUGGAGAUGCUGCAAGCGCAGGUGGACGCGCUGACUGCGCAGGUGGAGGAGCUGCGCUCGCUGGAGCAGCUGCGCUAUCGGCGGGAGAAGAGGGAGCGGCGGCGGACCGUGCACUCCUUCCCCUGCCUGAGGGAGCUCUGCGCCGCGCCCAGCAGUUUGGGGGACGGUGCGGGGGGCAGGCGUGCGGGGCGGGCCGACCGCUCCCCGCUGGAGGAGGAGAACGAGCGCCUGCGGGACAUGGUGUCGGCGCUGCGGGCGGCGAUGGGGGCGGAGCGGGGGCGGCGGGAGGGGGCGGAGCGCGAGUACGCGACCGUGCUGCAGGAGUUUGGCGGUCUGGAGCAGCGGCUGCGGGGGGCCGAGGGCUGCCGGCGGCGGGUGGGCGAGCUGGAGGCGGAGCUUCAGGAGAUGCAGCAGCUGUGCCGCCCCCGCGUGCUCGUCAUCCACCCCGCCCCCGAGACGCUGCUGAGCUCCGCCCCCGAGACUGACACGCCGGAGGACCCGCCCCCCGAGGGCCUGCAGGCCGCCAGCCCCGUGCGCAAGAGCUGCAGCGACACGGCGCUGAACGCCAUGGCGACGCGCGACGCGGCGGGACGCGAGCGGGUGGGCUACGCGCUCCACGCCCCCGCCGGGCCCCAGCGCGGCAUGUCCAUCCUGCGCGAGGUGGACGAGCAGUACCACGCGCUGCUGGAGAAGUACGAGGAGCUGCUGGGGAAGUGCCGCCGCCACGAGGACAGCAUGCGCCACGCCGGGGUCCAGACCUCCCGCCCCGUCUCCCGCGACCCCUCCCUGAAGGACGGCGCCGGAGCCUGCGGCCCCGCCCCCGGCCCCGCCCCCUUGCCACGCCCCGACGCGGAGGCGGACCUCCGGGGCCUCUGCAGCCAGGUGGAGUCCGUGGACAAGCGGCUGGGCCAGAACACGCCCGAGUACAAGGCCCUCUUCAAAGAGAUCUUCUCCCGCAUACAGAAGACCAAGAGCCACGUCAAGGCCUCCAAAACCGGCCAGAGCAGCAAGUGAGCGCCGCCCCCGCCCCCCCCCCCCCCCCAAAGCCCCAGCGCUUUCAGAGGAGGGCGGCUCUCCUGCUCAACCUGGAUCAACCUGCCGCUGCAACUCCAGGACUUUCCCUUUAAUGCUUCCCCCCCCCUCAUCACCUGCUGAAUCUGGCAAGAAUGGCCGAAGCUUUUCAGCACCAUCUCUUCAGGAGAGACUCCCCUCAUAAGUGCCAUUUGGCAGCCAUACACAAGGGAAGUGGCCACAUUCCCACUUUAAUUUGCAUAGUUACUAACAGUGAAAGUGAAUAAUGAAAAAAGGGUAUUUAAGACCACAGUGCACAGCCUGACAUCAGUUCAGUUUUCCCAGGAUAGACCUUAGUCAGAGUUAUUGCUUUGGGCUUCAGUUGCUAUAAAGAGGGCGUGGAGCCUCUGUGCACUUCCUCUGUUAGGAUUUUGUCUGUACAGCCGUUGUGAUUGUGGCCUAAAUGCUACCAUCUAGGGUAUAUAACCAUUAAGGAAACUCAAGCUGGUAUAAACAUUUUUAAAAUAAUUAUUAUAUGUACAUGGAAAUGAAUGCCAAGGAUGACCCAGAAUAUUUAUGCAUGGAAAAUGGACUUUGUGUCCAGUUCCUCUCUCUGACCUUUGACCUCUGGGGGUCAGUGCUCAGAGGAACACAGGGGUCGUCAAGCAAAAGGGAGGCUUACGGUGAGUUUUUUUAUUUAGUAAGGGAAUUCAGUGGAGAUAAAAAUCAUAAUAAAUUCAGUGGUGCUGACGUGAAGGGUGGGUGGGAUAGGGGCCGCGGUCUCUAUGACAAUGUGAAACCAUGACGACGCUGGCUCUGGGAAAUGGAUUCAGCUGUGCAGUCCAAGCCUUAAAGACUGUAAUUGGACUGGAGAUCCUCAAAGUGACUGUCUUUUUAGUUUUUUUUUUU